AUGAGCGCCGCGGACCCCGCGGACCCCGUGGCGCCCAAGGCCGCCGAGGCCGCCGGAGCCGCCGAGGCCUCGAAUGGCGCCGACGGUGCGCCGGAGCCGUGCGCUCCAGCGGCUGCGGCGACUGAGGGAACGACGACAGCAACGGCCCAGGCCACGGAUGCUUCUAGGGCUGCUGCAGAAAUGCCAGUGACACAAGCUGCAGCAGAAGCGAACGGUGCUGCGCCCACAAACUCGGAGUCGGAUUCGCCAUCGCGCCAGAAGGUUGACAUCGCUUCUGGUGACGCUCCAGAAAAGACAGUGACGUCAAGUGCAGCAGAAGGGAACGAUGCUGCGCCGACGAACUCAGAGGUAUCCGAUGUGUCAUCCAAACGCCAAAAGGCCGAUGAUCCCCCCACAGAGCCGGCCCAGUUUGCUGGGCCGAAGAGAUUGAAGGUCAGCGAUCUCCUCGGCAGCUUCGAGCGCACCCUGAAAGAGACCGCGCCACCCCCGCCGCAGGCGUCGCUCCUCUCGACGCUGCUGGCGCUGCCGUCGCUGGGCGCGGAGACGGCGACGGCGAUGUCGGCGCCGCUCGCGGAGGAGAAACCACGAGAGUUUGAUGGCAAACGCGUCCUGGUGGUGCGGCACGGAGAGGGCUUCCAUCAGCUCAAGGGCUACGCUCCAAAGGAGGGUGAUCUAUUAGGACCCGAGCUGACCAACAAAGGAAAGGAACAGGCAGACGCUGCCCAGAAGAUGAUUGCGUCGGAGCUGCAAAGGCUCGGUUUUCAGGAGGCAUCGCUCGAUAUGCUGGUGGUGAGCUCUAAUCUGCUACGUGCCGUGCAUACCGCGCUGCUGCUGAAGGAGGGCAAGUCCAAGGUGCUGGUCCAUCCCGCCUUGAGGGAAAGGAUCUUGGACUCCCGCGAUGAGCCCAGCGAGCUGAACCAUCUUCGAGAGUGGCUCAUGGAUCGCGAAUACGAUGAGCGGGUGGAUCUGGGUCUCUACGAACAGGCUCUGAUUGAAGCUGGUUCAAAGGCAACUGACUUUGCCUCGAUGGAACUUCAUGAGAUCUACCUUCGCAGUUGCCGCGCGAGCGAUCUUAAAGGAGACGCUUGGAAUGCGAAGCAAAACAAGGAGAUGCUGCAGGAACGCGCCGCGAGCUUCACUCACUGGUUGGAGGAGCACAGCUGCCAAGUGGCAGUCCUGGUGGGCCACGCCUGCUUCCUGGGGAUGCUCACGGGCGACAAGGAGUGGCUGGAGAAUGGAGAGGUACGGUCCUAUUCCCUGCAGCAGGGCUACUACACACGGCUGAGUAAAGCCAGCUCCAAGGAGGUAGCACGGCUACCACGUCCUGCGCCUGCGCCCAGUGCGGCGCCAAACAUCGGGAGCGUAGGCGUUUCGGGACUCAUCCCAGCCACAGGCGCGGCGGAAAGUUGGACAUUUUCUGCCAUGGACGACAAUGCCACUGCAGUUCUUGAGGAGGCUCGCAUUUGCGAGGCUGGUGGCUCCGGACAACUGCUGCCGUUGGGCGGGGAUUGGGAGAUUGGUCUCAAUCCAAGAGUGAGAAUGGUUCUCUACUUCAUCGGAUUGAUCUAUAGUUUCAUGGGCGUCAGCAUCGUGGCCGAUCUCUUUAUGUCGGCCAUUGAACGUGUCACCAGCGUGCAGCGAUGCGUCCAAAUCGGCACCUCCAAGAGGUUCUGUACAUCUCCAGUUUGGAACGAGACUGUGGCAACACUGACGCUGAUGGCGCUAGGGUCAUCUGCACCAGAGAUCAUGCUCUCACUGAACGACAUUGUGAAGCGUACCUUUGUUCAAGGCAAGCUUGGAGCGUCGACCAUCGUGGGCUCGGCAGCCUUCAACCUCUUUGUCAUUGUGGCGGUGUGCAUUAAUGCCAUCCCAGCAGGUGAGAGCAGACAAAUCAAACAGCGGGGUGUCUAUGCCAUCACUGCUUUGUUCUCCAUCUUUGCGUAUGUCUGGCUGCUUUUCAUUGUCGCUUUCAUCUCCAAGGAUGAGAUUGAACUCUGGGAAGGAGCUGUCACCUUUCUGUACUUCCCAGUCUUUGUACCUUGGUGCUGCAAAGACUUGGCUAUUCUCGGUGGCAAGUGGGAGCCGGGAUUUGAUGAAGAAGCCGACACCGGUCCCAAGACAUGGCUGGAGAAGUUUAAGGUGGAAAACUUCAAAGAAGAGGACUUGGACCCUGAAGAGAAGAGACGGAGAGAAGAGGAGGACAAGAAGCGCGAGGCAGCGAGGUUAGCCAAGGAACGGGAGCUGGGCAUCAACCGACCAGGGGAGACCCUGACCCGAAAGCAGCGCUGCCUACGACGUUGCUGUCGCCGUCGGCCGCCACCCCAAGCGGAGGAAGGAGACGUGGAGGCGAUGGUAGAGGAGGAGCACAACACCUAUCUUUCAGAUCCCAACAUCUUUUUGCUGGAUGAUGACGGAAAUCCUUUGGAAAACGAGUAUGGAAUUAUCACCUUCAGUAUGCAUUCUUUGACCAUCCGCGCUAAGAACGAGGAGCAGCACAUUCCAGUGCAAAUUGUGCGAAAGAAUGGCAACGAAGGCAAGGUCACCUGUACCUAUCGCCUGGAGCAAUUAUCUGCCAUCCCAGGCUUCGACUACGAAGACGAUGAGGGCGAAGUGCAAUUUCGCGACGGUGUGCAGAGCGCAGAGAUUACGCUGACAGUGCUGCCAAAGAAGCGGGGAGAGCGCAGCGAUCGCUUCCAAGUAGUACUGGAGGAACCCACGGGUGGAGCGGAGUUCAACCCCGACUUCGAUGGUGGAGAGGAGUGCCAACGCUUGACCGUUAUCGUUGAGAACGAGAUCAGAGGAGGUUCGUGUCUGACGGCCCUCAUCGACUCGAUCGUGAACCUCGAUGAGCUACGGCAGGGCACCUCACUAUGGAAGGACCAGGUGCUGGAGAAUGUCUAUGUCGGAGGCAGCAAGGAAGAACAGGAUCAGGCAGGUGCACUGGAUUGGUCCGGGAGCCCAGUGAGCCCAGUGACCAAAGGGCUGAACCACUUGAUCUGGCUACCCUGGACCUUCACCUUUGCACUGCUGACACCACCACCUGCCUAUCUGGGUGGUUGGAUCUGUUUCUUCAUCUCCUUGAUGCACAUCGCCUGGCUCACGAUCAUCAUCGGCGAUUUGGCCGAGCUCUUCGGGUGCGUUGCCAACGUGGACGACAACAUCACCGCCAUCUCCUUUGUAGCCUUGGGGACUUCUGUUCCGGACCUCUUUGCCUCGAUGACGGCAGCACGGCAAGAUCCAACGGCAGAUGCGUCCAUCGUGAACGUUACCGGCAGUAAUUCCGUGAACGUCUUCCUUGGCAUUGGAAUGCCAUGGCUCUUCGCCUCCUUCUACUGGUAUUUGCAGGGGACCACUUUUGCUGUGAAAUCACAGGGUAUGAGCUUUAGCGUACUGGUGUUCACAUGCGGCGCCUGCGUGACUCUUUCAGUCAUUCAGAUCCGGCGCUGGAAGUUCGGUGGAGAGUUGGGUGGUCCGGUGGAUGCAAAGGCCUACUCCUCGUUCCUGCUGGUGGUUCUCUGGCUCUCCUACAUUGGUCUGUCAGUGUGGAAAUUUGAGAACAUGGAGGCCCCGUUGACACAGGUUCCUCACCCCAAAAUCAUUGAAGCCAUGCCCCGCUGCACCGAUAUCGACGAUGUGCACUUGGAAUGGGAUGCGGAUCAAACAUUGAGGGAUUUCCUUCGUAAUGGGAAUCAAAUCUUGGAAGCUCCAUUGUGCCAAGACAUCUCAAGUUGCAUUAAGCAUGAAGCCCUGUUGAUCCCCAUACUUCAAAAAAUGGCUGAGCGGGAACAUCGUGAUUUGCCAGCCAUCGAACAGGUGAGGAAGUUCCAACGUCUUGUGCUGAUUUUGGACCCACUUCUUGAGGACAUGAGACCUGAUGAUGAGGAUGCUUGGGAUUCAUCUUCUAGUAGUGAGUCGGAUGCGGACAAUGGAAAUGACGGUGAUGUCGGUGCACCUCCGGGUUCAGGGUCAGAUGACGCCCAUUCAGCUGAAGCAGCUCCACCAGCCCCGGUUGUUGAGGUUCUUCCAGUUGAGGCGCCAGCAGUGGAGGUUGGUGCAGUUCCGGCACCUUCAGCUGAGGUUGCUCCACUUCCAGCACCUUCAGUUGAGGUUGCUCCAGUUCCACCACCUUCAGUUGAGGUUGCAGUUGCUUGUGACGCCCUGCGAGCUAAGCGUGCUGCAAUUGAGGAGAAAUUGGCAAAGUCUCUUGGAGGAAUGGAGUUGUUGGAUUUCCUCUUGGAACUGGUUCCAUGCAUCUUUGGGUGUUGA